CGAGAUCGUUCGAAAGCACAGUUCGCCUCAGCAGCUUCGCCUUCGAAGUUUCUCGCUUAUUCUCGAGCAAAAUUAUUCACGAACUUCAAGUUCUCUCAAUCUCAGGAGCCAUGGACCGUUGGAUCAACAAAGUCGCCCUCGUCACCGGAGCGAGCGGUGGAAUCGGCAGAGCCGUCGCCGAGCUCCUCGUUCACCACGGAAUGAAAGUCGUCGGAAUCGUUCGUCGCGUCGAUAAAAUGAAGGUUCUCGCCGACGAGUGGAAGAACAAGUCGGGAAAGCUUAUCCCGAUACAAUGUGACCUCAGCAACGAGAUGGAAAUAAUUCGAACGAUGGAGUGGAUCGAGAAGAACCUCGGCGUCGUUGAGAUUCUGGUAAAUUGCGCCGCGGUCAACUUGCCAGCGUUGAUCGUCGAGGGAGGCGUCGAGGAUUGGAGAAAGACUAUGGACGUCAACGUUCUUGGAGUGGUCAUUCUGACCCAAGAAAUGCUAAAACAAUUGAAGAAGAAGGGUCUGGACACUGGAAUCAUCGUAAACAUCAACGACAUCUGCGCUUGGCACUCGAUGGAUUGUAACCGUCCUGUUUCUUCCUCGUACCUAACAGCCAAAACUGCUCUGCGCAAUAUGACCGACAACCUUCGCGUAGAACUGGCGCGGAUGCACUCGAAUAUCAAAGUUAUCAGCAUCGUCGCUGAACUGGUCCAUAUUGCGAUGACGGAGAGAACUAUCAGGGAGAAGCCUCGCUUAGCUCUGCAACCCAAGGACGUAGCGGAUGCUGUUCUGAUGGUCAUUCAAACUCCCGAUACAGUUCUGAUCCGCGAUCUCGUCAUUACUCCUUUUCGCGAUAUUAUCGAGUAAAUUAUGAUAAUACUGACGAAUUAAUGCGAUUAAAAUUAUGAAAUAUAUUUUUUGAAUUUUUGUGAAACAAUUCUUGACAUCGCUCAAAUGAAUGAUUUAUUUAUUACAAAAUUAUAUGCGGCUGUCAUUUAUAUGAUUUAAAUAUAUUAAAAACCUUCAUUUAACACGUUAAUAUACAAAUAUAUAAUCAAUUACAAAUUAAAAAAAGAAUAUAGUUUCAGAAUAGUAUAAC